CAGCGCAGUCAGUUGCUAGUAAUGAAACAAUCCAAGGUGCACUGAAUGCCAGGGAAAAACCCUUGGCGACGAAUGUGGGAUUAUUUAAAGGACAAAUGGUUGCGAUGCGUCACAUUCGUCAAAACAUCACCAUCACCAAGGAAGACCUUUACGCCCUAAAGACGAUGCGAGAGAUGUUACAUGACAACAUCAAUCCGUUUGUCGGGGCGUGUUUUGACAAUCCCUCAUCCUGUGUCAUCUUCAUAUAUUGCCCAAAGGGAAGUCUACAGGAUAUUCUAGAAAAUGAUGAAAUCAAAUUGGAUUUGAAUCUGAAAUAUUCGUUGAUCAUGGAUCUGGCACAGGGAAUGUUGUAUAUUCACAACUCGAAGCUCGGGUGCCACGGGCGACUGAAGAGCACAAACUGCCUUGUAGACAAUAGAUGGAUGCUGAAGGUCACCGACUAUGGUAUCGAAAAAUACAUUAACAACGACAAGAAUAUUCAACAGGGAGUCACAUUGAAUAUCGUUGACGUGAUCCUUCAACGGUUGGAGAAAUACGCCAGUAACUUGGAAGAAUUGGUGGACCAACGAACUCAGCAACUCAUGCAGGAGAAGCAGCGAUCAGAUACGCUUUUAUACAGAAUGCUACCAAAAACUUGUGCAGACAAACUGAAAUGUGGCGAAUCAGUAGAGCCAGAGAUGUAUGAGUCGGCGACCGUAUUUUUCUCUGAUAUCGUCGGCUUCACCACACUUGCUUCUAAGAGUACGCCCAUACAAGUGGUUGACCUACUUAACGACUUGUACACUUGUUUCGAUGGCAUCAUAAACAAUUUCGACGCAUAUAAGGUGGAAACAAUCGGUGACGCCUACCUGGUUGUCAGUGGUAUUCCGACCAGAAACGGAAAACUGCAUGCAGGUAUCAUAGCGGACAUGUCUUUGAACAUCAGAAACAAAGUGAGCCAGUUUCGAAUCAAACAUUUGCCAAAUGAGAUAGUGAGCGUGCGGAUUGGUAACCACACCGGACCAGUGUGCGCAGGCGUAGUUGGUCUGUCGAUGCCAAGGUACUGUCUCUUCGGUGACACAGUCAACACAGCUAGUAGGAUGGAGUCGAACAGUGAAGCACAAAGGAUACAUCUGAGUGAGGCGACAUAUCGUGCCUUGUUGGAUCUUGGUGGAUACAACACCACCUUUCGAGCUGAGAUUCCGAUUAAGGGAAAGGGGAUGAUGAAGACGUACUGGCUUGACGAAAAAUACGCGAGGUCCCCGACCGGCUUGAUGUUAUCGACCUUUGACAACAUAUAA